AUGGAGGGUUGGAGUAGAAGAUCAGGAGGAAUUGUAGAGUUGUGGUGCAUAAUAACCUUCUUGGCACUGACCUUCGCUGUUUCGGUUUAUGGGGAUCAGAGAAUCAUGGUUGGAGGAGCGCAAAUGUGGAAUCCGAAUGUUAAUUACACGAAAUGGUCCGCAAACCAACAUUUCUACGUCGGCUACUGGCUCUACUUCGUAUAUGAUAAGAGGUAUUACAGCGUUCUGGAGGUGAACAAGACUGGUUACGAGCGUUGCUCAACGGAUCACCUAAUCGGAAAUUUUACGGGUGGAGCAGGGAGGGACGUGGUUCUACUCAACGAGUCUAGGCCUUAUUAUUUCAUCACCGGUGGUGGGUAUUGUUGGAACGGCAUGAAACUUUCCGUUCUUGUUGAAGAAAAUCCGCCGGUACCAGCUCUUGCUCCGACUAAUAAUGCCUCGCCGCCCUCAAGAUCCCUUUGCUGGGUUCUUGUCACUAUUGUGGUGGCCUGGACCAGUUCGUUCUUCAUAUUCUCUGAUAUAUAG